ACUACAAUACAAAAUGGUUAGACGUAAAAUAAUGUUGCUUUGAAUUUCAUCUAGAAAUUUUUUUUCACAAUUUUACAAUUUAUUUUUUUUUUUAUAAAUAUGAUACUUAACUAAAGGAAUUGCGUUUAACAACAUUGAGAAUGCGUUGUGAUAUUAAAAAAAAAUAAAUAAAUAAUAUGUAUUUAUAUACAUGGAAAGCAAUUUAUAAAAACUAAUGCAUUAAUUUAAUAUAAUAAAAUUUUAUGUAAUCUUAACAAAUCUAAACAUUGUGAAACAAUUAUGUAUUGCCAGGUUAACUGAAUUUGUGAACAAAUCAAAUUAACCUUUAGAACGAACAAUUGAAAUUGCCUUUAUGUGUAACAAAACAAAUUAAAAACUAAAUAUCUUUCUACAGUGAUAUGCAUAUUUAUAUGUAAAUAUACAUACAUAUGUGUUUAUAUACAUACGUAUGUGUAUAAGCUUCUUUGGUACCAACAAAAUUUCUAAACCAUUAAUACAAAAAAUAUAUUAGUUAUAUUAUGUAAUACUGUGUAUUCUAUUACAUAGCAAAUAAAAACUAAAAAAUAUGUAAACAUUUAUUUAAUUGUUUUUGAGUCUGCUAAGCAUUUGUUGCAGGUUGCCAAGUCCUCCUUCCACAAAAACUCCUGAUUUGAUUGUAGUUUGAAACAGUUGCCCUUACUAUGUUUGCAUAGCUAGCAUACAUGUACUUAUAUGCAAGAAAAAAAAGCGUUUAAGUGUUUAACACUCACUUUUUACAUUUUGGUUGUCCUACACAACUACAAACAAUAUUUAUAUUUUUAUAAUAGUGAAUAAGAGAAAAAAUGCAGAUACAUAAAGUAAAGCUUAUGGCUAAAAAGGAAAUUUUUAAUAAUUCUUUACGCUACAUAUACAUACAUAUAUGAUUUUCGCUUUAGAUGUCAUGCUAUUUGAUUUAACACAUUUCUAAAAAAAAUAUUGUGGAAUUAGAGGACAACGCUUAAAGUAAAGGCAGACAAAAAAUCAAAAAUAUACAUAUUGUAGAUAAAUAUUUAAAUAGCUGAAAACAGAAUUUUACAAUAAAUACACUAUAAGACCGACACCAAAUUAAAAGAAACUUACAAAAGUAAGCAAAUAAAUAAAGCAAAAAACUAUAACUCCUCAUUGUCUUAAUAUAUUGGUGAUAACCACAGACUAAAGUAAAUUGAAACGCAUAUAUAAUAUACAUAUCAACAUAAAUAUAUUCGAUAUUUUCUGUUUACAUUUUCGGUAAAAAUGUUCAGUAUUUUUCGACUUAAAAGUUGAUGAACCCAAUUCGACAAAUGCCUUAUCUGUAGAAAGUUUUAUUCGGACCUCUUGAUUGGCGCUUUAUUUAAAAUAUAAAGUAAAAGAACCAGAAUAAAUUUAAAAUUGUGUUAUAUGAGGAGUAACAUGGGUUGGUGCCCAAUUUCGCACACUUUUCAACGAUAACCAGUUAUCAAGAUAAUGUUUUGCACUAAAUUUGUUUGAAUUUGGUCGAGUGAUGACUGAAGUAUGGGAUUUCGUCUAAAAGUGACCGGUGCCAUUGUUCAAUUUUUACACUGGUUCCCUUGAAGUCCGUCCGUAUCAUCUGUUAUGUAACCACUUUUUUUAAAUCCACUUUUUUUAAAUCUCAGGUGCCCCCAAAACUCAAAUCUGACUUAUUCACAUUCGAUAUUUAGGCAACUGUGCCAUUAACUACAAUACUGUUUGGACUAUCAAUAGAACAUCUUAACUACUUGUGUUGUAUAAUCUUUAAUACUGGAAAUUUCCAUACUUCCUAACCUCCCGCGCAUUUUUUAUUUCGCCAUGAACAUCCAGAAGCCAAAUCAGCAAGAAUAUCGGUUAAUGAGCGUGAUAUUCAGAGAGAAUCCUUUCCUGUAUAUUAUAAAUGGACUGAAUCAGGUCCCUUAGUCUCCAUAUACCUUAUAUAGAGUUUUUCGAACUUCUGGGUAACUAUACCUUUCCCUUUCUUUAAUUCUUUCAAGAUGUAAGAGUAUGAUAUUUUCGGUUAUACCGCGUAAAUCGGUAUUAAACAACAAAUGCAUGUAAGUAUAAUAUUAUAAUAAACUACCUUUUAUAUUGCAAGCACUUAGAGUAAGAGAUAGUUAAUCGACUAGUUCGACUACCUUGCCUAAUGGUACAUAGAAAAAACUGGUUUAGGUACUACUCCAAUGGUAUUCGUUACUGGAGCACCACAUGGUCUAUAUAUUUGACCUACAUGUAUUAAUGACCUUAUAGUAGGUUUUAACUAAAUUCACUUUUUGCACGAUAUACAUAUAUGCAAAUGAAAUGUAUUGUAUUUCAUGCAUAUUGGCACUUUUAUCUUCACAUACAUACUUAUGUACAUAUGCACAUACAUUAACUCGAAACAUGAAGCAUUGGAAUGAAGUUUUACAUUCUUUUGUAAAUCAGUGCUGUAUAAAUAUAGCGGAACAUCACAUCGUUGUGACCGCAUACUGAAAAUCGCAAACACAAUUAAGUUUAUAAAUACAAAUACAUAUUUAUAUACAUAAUAUAAAUAAAAAAUUAUAUAAAAUAAUAUUCGGAAUGAUGAAAAAUCAGCUCUGGUAUACUCUCUUAAAGACAAUUGGUUAUAGAGGUAAAACGCUAAUGAUGACACCUAAAAAUGUGAUUCUCAUCACAGGCUGUGAUUCUGGAUUAGGACAUUCAUUAGCACUUUAUUGCUAUUCCUUGAAUAUGACUGUUAUAUCGGCUUGUCAUAAUGUAAACUCUGAAGGCGCUCGCUUAUUAAGAAAUGAUAACGAUUCCCAACGCAUGUUCACCAUUGAAGUAGAUCUGCUCAAGGAGGACACCAUUACAUAUGCCUUCCAAUAUAUUAAAGACUUUUUACUCACUAAUACGGAAUACCAAUUCACAGCAUUAGUAAACAAUGCCGGUGUCAUGUGUUUUGGUGAAUUUGAAUGGCAAACUUCAGAGCAAUUCGAAAUGCAAAUCAAUGUAAAUGUGUUGGGUGCAAUGCGUCUCACCAAAAAACUAUUACCAUUGAUACGGCAGCAUCGCGCACGUAUAAUCAAUAUCACCAGUCAUUGCGGUCUGCAGGCACUUCCAGCGUUAAGCUCAUAUGCUGCUUCUAAAGCAGCUUUGCGUUUCUGGUGCGAUUCACUCCGCAUAGAAAUGCAACAAUAUGGCGUAGAUGUGAUCAACUUCGUUCCUGGAUCUUUCGUACAAUUUAGCAAUAUUUCUGCAAGACAACAAGAACAUGCAAAGGUGAUGUUUGAUGCGUUUAGUGAUGAACAACGCCAAUUUUAUAGUGCCUAUUUUAGGCAAUUCAACAACUAUCUGAAAGUAGUUUCGGGUUUUAAAUCUCCAAAUCAAUUUCACGACACCAUUUUGUUGGAUAAAUUUAAAGCUGCUUUAACAGAUAGCAUUCCCCAAGCGAUGUACAUACAUGAGCCCUGGCGUUACAAGAUUUACCGGUUUCUUUUUCGGUUUUGUCCUACACCGAUAGUGGAUCUGUUAACUGUAAGAUUCUGCGCUUUGCCGACUUAUCAAAAUGUUCUGAAACGUUCUUUAGGGAAUAAAAAAUGAUGAUAAGAUUUCUCAAAUAAGUUUGAUUAUAAAAAAUGAUUACAAUUUAUUUUAACUUUACCAAAGUUUAGUAAAUAAAGAGUUAUAAAUGGUAUCGAAAUCCAAUACAUAGUAAUCUAAAAUUAUACAAUUGCACAAAUAAUAUAUAUCGUAACUAAUUAUCAGAUUA